GAAUCUGUUCAGCAGAUUACUUUUCCACAAUUGUCGGAAAUUGCUUCGAUCAAUUUUCUUUGACCAAGUCUAAUACCUUUCGAACAUGUUUUUUUCGCGCGGCGAACUUAUUCCAGUGUUUUCCCUGUAUAAAUAACUAAUUUCAAGCGUGGUGUACGACGUCUGUGUCGUCAUUUUUCGUUCCAUUACGAUACUACGUACAGAAGUAAACCGCCAAACCUUUUACGUAUGAUGGAUGGAACGAGUUUCAAGUUGCUAGCAAAGUAUCUACCAUCUACAUAUGUUCAACAAGCCAAAGAUGCACACAAUACUACAAACUUCUUGUUUAAUCAGCUACUUGAGAAGAGGAAAUGGCCAGAAGAAGGAUGGAUUGAACGAAAUAUUGAGAUUCUACUGGAUGAACUGGCAUCUUUAGAUAGCAAUAAUUUUUUGAAGAAUCAUGGAGUUGGUGAACGAGAGGCAAGAAUUGCCUCUUCGCUUGUGGCCAAACGCAACUUCCAUUUAGGACAUGGGCUUGGUCGUUCAGGAGACUUGACUGAAGUGCAGCCCAAAGCAGCUGGUUCUAGUGUUCUAUAUCAACUAACAAAUGAUUUGGCUAAAGAUGCUUUACGUACACUUGGAGUUCCUGAUGUGAAAGCUUGCUUUGUUGCUCCUUUGGCCACAGGCAUGAGUUUAACCCUAAUAUUCCUUUGCAUACGUCAACAACAACCUAAAGCCAGAUACGUGAUAUGGUCUCGAAUUGAUCAAAAAUCCUGCUUCAAGUCAAUCACCACAGCCGGUUUUGAGCCAAUCAUCGUCCAACCCAUUUUGAAGGGGGACGAGUUGGUAACGGACACAGGAAAAAUUGAAGCUAUUAUGAAGCAAAUGGAUCCCGAGCUGAUAGCUUGUGUGAUGACCACCACCAGUUGUUUCGCUCCAAGAGCCUGUGACGACGUCGAGUCAAUAGCUGUUUUGUGCAAAAGUCAUCACAUCGCGCAUGUUGUAAAUAACGCUUACGGAGUACAGAAUACCAAAUGCAUGCAUCUCAUUCAGCAAGCUAGCAAAAAAGGUCGUGUAGAUGCCUUUGUUCAAAGCACGGAUAAAAAUUUUAUGGUUCCUGUUGGUGGUACCAUUAUUGCUGGCUUCGACAAAUCUUUUGUCAGUAAAAUUAGUCAGUGCUAUCCAGGUCGUGCUUCUUCUAGUCCUAUUGUAGAUUUGUUUAUCACGCUUCUUUCACUGGGAUCUAAAGAGUACAAAUCUUUAGCGAGAGAACGGAAGCAUCUGUUUCAGUUACUCAGAGAAGGGCUGGCCAAAAUUGCCUCUCGCUUCGGACAGCGAGUACUCGAUACCCCCGGGAAUUCCAUUUCCAUAGGAAUCUCCUUGCCGUCGGUAAAAGAUCCCAAAUUAUUGACUCAACUGGGCUCUCAGCUAUUUCUGCGUUGUGUUUCUGGUACACGUGUGGUCUCCAACCUUGAAAGUAAGGUUAUCAACGGCCACGAAUUUCGUAGCUGGGGAGCUCACCACAGUAACUAUCCAACGGGAUAUUUGACUGCUGCUGCAACAAUUGGAAUGACGGCCAUCGAUGUUGAACAGUUCCUUCAGCGACUAACCAAAGUUAUGGAAUCUUGGAGUACUAAAACAAUUCCUAUGGUUUUACCGUCACUAGCAAAUGGAAAUGACGGCUUUACUCAUGAUGUACUGACAUCUGAUUAUCUUGUUGAUCAAGAAUCCAGUGUGAUAUGAAGUCCAUACCCAACAAUUUCUUUCCAAGAGGAAUGAAUCAAUUUUUCUGUCAUUGGAAAGUCUUCUAUCUGUUCUUCUGAGCGCACUCCAGUGCGUAUUGUGGUUGACCUAAUCAGUGUUUAAGUUUUAAACUAAAAUACAUUCAGUCUGGAAAGAAA